GUCGCCAUGGGCUCCACCGCUGCCCCGGAGGGAACGCUGGGCUACGUCCGCGAGUUCACUCGCCACUCCUCCGACGUGCUCGGCAACCUGAAUGAGCUGCGCCUGCGCGGGAUCCUCACUGACGUCACGCUGCUGGUUGGCGGGCAACCCCUUCGAGCUCACAAGGCAGUUCUUAUCGCCUGCAGUGGCUUCUUCUAUUCAAUUUUCCGAGGCCGUGCAGGAGUGGGGGUAGACGUGCUCUCCCUGCCCGGGGGCCCCGAAGCCGGAGGCUUCGCUCCUCUUCUGGACUUCAUGUACACUUCACGCCUACGCCUCUCGCCGGCCACUGCACCAGCCGUCCUUGCGGCCGCCACCUACUUGCAGAUGGAACACGUGGUCCAGGCAUGCCACCGCUUCAUCCAGGCCAGCUAUGAACCUCUGGGCAUCUCCCUGCGGCCCCUGGAGGCAGAACCCCCCACGCCCCCAACGGCCCCUCCGCCAGGCAGUCCCAGGCGCUCCGAAGGGCACCCAGACCCACCUACUGAGUCUCGCAGCUGCAGUCAAGGGCCCCCCAGUCCAGGCAGCCCAGACCCCAAGGCCUGCAACUGGAAAAAGUACAAGUUCAUCGUGCUAAACUCUCAGGCCUCCCAAGCAGGGAGCCUGGCAGGGGAGAGGAGUUCUGGUCAACUUUGCUCCCAGGCCCGGCUCCCCAGUGGAGAUGAGGCUUCCAGCAGCAGCAGCAGCAGCAGCAGUGAAGAAGGACCCAUUUCCGGUCCACAGAGCAGGCUCUCUCCAACUGCUGCCACUGUACAGUUCAAAUGUGGGGCUCCAGUCAAUACCCCCCAUCUCCUCACACCCCGGGCUCCAGAGACCACUGGGUCACACUCUGGGCGGGCUCAUCCACCACCAGGAAGUGAAUUUUUCAGCUGCCAGAGCUGUGAGGCUGUGGCUGGGUGCUCAUCGGGGCUGGACCCCUUGGCUCCUGGGGAUGAGGAUAAGCCCUACAAGUGUCAGCUCUGCCGGUCUGCCUUCCGCUAUAAGGGCAACCUGGCCAGUCACCGCACGGUGCACACAGGGGAAAAGCCCUACCACUGCUCCGUCUGCGGAGCCCGCUUUAACCGGCCGGCUAACCUGAAAACGCAUAGCCGCAUCCAUUCAGGAGAGAAGCCCUAUAAGUGUGAGACGUGCGGCUCGCGCUUUGUACAGGUAGCGCAUCUGCGCGCGCACGUGCUGAUCCACACCGGGGAGAAGCCCUAUCCUUGCCCCACCUGCGGGACUCGCUUCCGCCACCUACAGACCCUCAAGAGCCACGUUCGCAUCCACACGGGAGAGAAGCCUUACCACUGCGACCCCUGCAGUCUGCAUUUCCGGCACAAGAGUCAACUUCGGCUGCAUCUGCGCCAGAAACACGGAGCUGCUACCAACACCAAAGUGCACUACCACAUUCUGGGGGGCCCCUAGCUGAGCGCCCACCCAUGCCCCACUCCCUUCCUGGAAGACAGGAAAGCUGCGGCUCACGCCUGGGUUCGCUGUCAGGCUUGGGCAUAGGGGUGUGCAAGGCCCCUCGAUGUCAGCGACUUGCCACCACCUUAAUUUCUCACUGGGGAGAGCAGGGGUGGCAGAUCCCAGCUUGAUCUGCCUUUGUUUUGCUGGUCAAAACCUCUUCCCCACGAUCAAAAUUGUUUCUGAGGAGAGAACAAGCUAGGAGCUGGAGGAGGGGAGCGACUGGAGGCCUGGUUUCCACCUGCAGCCCCCAUCUCAUUCGGUUUAUCUGUAAAUAUAAUUUAUUGAGGCCUUUGGGUGGCACCAGGGCCUUCAUUCUAUUGCAUUUCCCAUGUCCCUCUUCCACAAGUGUGAUCAAAAGUGACCUGAAACACAGAAUGUGAGGUCAUAGCUCUGCUGGCAGAGAUUAGCACUCGGCCGCCUCCUUUGGCGUGAGCGUUGUACAUUAUUAUUGUCAUGACUUUUAUCGUUAGAGUUGUUCUUUUCCUAUUUGCUUGUUGGUGUGUUUCAAAUGGAGAAAGGGGUUCUCUGUGUCCUACCCCUCCAAUUCUAGGUCGGGAAACUUUAUUUGUUCUAGGGCAGCUCUGGGAACAUGUGGGUUUAUGGAAUUGGGUCAGGAACCCUCUCUGGAUGUUGUAGGUUUUCUAGCAGGCCAGCACUGGAUAUAGACUUUUUCUGUUCUUCAAGGGUUACAGGAACCUAUGGUGAGCCUGAAGUGGAGGUGAUAAGUACCUCCUAGAGGCAGUGGGUGUGGGGCCUUUGUCAGUCUUGGAACUGGGGGGAUGAUU